AUGACCACAACUCUUGUCGUUAUCAUUGCCACCGAUGCAUGGAACUAUUCUCCUCUGAGGAAUCUUUACAGGACCAUAUGCAACGAAACAAGGAUUGAAGUCGAGAAAGAUCGCUAUGGUCUCGAUGAUGCUGCAUAUUGGGAUGCAAUCUUUCGUGGCUUAUUUCCAAACACUCCAUUACCAAUUUCACCAUAUUGGGAUUCCAGCCGGCCUAAAGAGUCCUUCCUUGCUCCAGUGUCUGAAUCAACUAGAUACGCCGGAGGAUCGAUUAAUUUGGUUGAUGUGGGCCAAAGGGUUGCCGCAGAGGUGUCGGUUGAGGUUGGUAUCACAGCGUUCGAAAACCUGUCGGGACCGAACUUGGCUGUUAUUAGCCAAGCGUCUGUCGUUGCGGAUAGGGAACCAACUGAAGCUGAAGAAACAGCACCCCGAAUAUCACCAGAGUUGCAGCAGCUGGUGCAACAGGAAUCAGUCCUUGCUGGAAUCCUCUCUUCCGAAUACACCCAAGAUAAGCGCAGCAAUUCGGCCACUCUGCCUCCUAUAUCCUCAGUCUCUGGGCACAUCGAGCAGAUUGAAGUAGCUGGCGUGCGAACAAAGAGUUUAGUAGACUCUGGUUAUGGUAGUCUGAGUCUACCGUCGAUUCUCCCCAGCACCAUGCAAUCUUCUGCAUCAAAGAGACCGACCAGCAGGACCUCGUCAGAUCCACCAACCAUGAGAUCUCUGCACUCAAUCCCACCUUCUUUGCCCACCGUCGAUAGUAUUCCAGAGCUUUUUGAAGACCAUCUGACGGGGUUUAUUCCGGAAUUCCAUAGCAAAUCAAGAGCAGUGGAUUACCUUACGUCAGAAGACUUAGCUGACAAAGAAGAUUCCCAUCUGCACCUGGUUAUGCAAAGUCGUCCAAGUUUUGGCGCCUUCACCUGUCGCUUACUUGACAUUGGAUCCCAUGGAGAACCGAUCGAACUCCGUUUCAAGCAGUUUGAGCAUUUAGAUGGAGCAGAAUUCUUCAUCUGGACAGCAGAAUCACAUCAGCUUGAUGACUUUUGUGAAAUGAAAAUAUCGAACACUGGCCCUCAGGGCCACACCGUGGUUCCUUCUGAACUUCUUCCUUCUGCUUUUCGGGAUGUCGUUACAAUGACUCGCAACCUUGGUUGCCGAUAUCUUUGGAAUAAUGAGCUGUGCAGUCGUCAGGGCGAUCCCGGUCAUCAUUCGACUCAGAUUGGGCAUGCUCAUCCUCUUCAUCAGUGCGCAACUGCAAUUAUUAAAGCAAAUCCAUCGUUCAAAUCCCACAAUGACUCAGAGCAAUCCGGGUGCCAGCCACCGAGGGUAUUCUCACUGGAGCGCGACCGUAUCCUCGGGUCGAUUGGGUUAGAGCCAUACUCCAUCACUCGUUGGCUAUCAACUUCUGCUCGAGAUGACCAUUGGAUCGGGCAUUUCUUGGGCGCUUCGUCCCAUGAACGUGCCGAGGCGGCCCUUCCUUUGUUCUAUUAUUCGCCGUCUUACACUACACGACGCUGUGAAGGUCUCCUGAGUGCUGUUGCGGCAAGAGACUUGCGUCGUGCACAGCUGUGGGUUAUGGUAGAUUCUAUGUCGCUUCGGUCAUCUCUUGACUCUCGACGCAUCAUGCAACUGCUCAAAUCUCUGCGAAUCAGUGCUGUGCGUCAAAAAGGUGGCACAAUCUGCAAACCUACCCGGCUUGUGUACCAAGCUACUUCUUCAUUCUACAUCGAGACCAGGCCUAUGGUACCGUUCCUGAGGCUAUACGAUCAUAGUAAGAGCUUUGAAUUCUGCACACAGCUUCGAUUUCUACAGCUAUGUUUCUACGGGUCUUCAUCGUCGCAGCAGACUCAGACUACCACUGAGCAGCCUGCAAACCAACGAGUAACGCCUCCGAGCGCUUGGAGGGGCAAGCCUUUCGGUACUCGCAGAGACCGCAAACAAGCUUACCGUGCGGAACGAGAGGGAUCUGAAAGCACCCCUCAGACAGCAAGUGUAUGCCCGCAGGUAGAAGAUGAUGGACGACGCUUUCGUUGUAUAUAUAGCGCUGCACGAGAGCAGGGACUUGUUGAUGAGAAAGACACACGAGACCGCGUGGAUUGCGACAAGACCGACGUACCGACGGUGCAAAAGUUCAAAGACUAUGAACUCGCGCACAGAAACUGCCACAAUUGGAGUUCCACCCGUCGGAAGCUUCCCAAAGAUCGCCUUAUCUGGGAUUACACAGAGGAGGACACCUGGUUUCGUUUGCUGCUAAAGGCGUUUCCAUGCUAUUUUUAUAACGGUCUAUCUCUCCCAAGCCCGUACACGAAAUUUUAUCUAGACUUUGAAAGCCCACAUGUUUCGCGAUAUGAUCCCGAGCGCCUGGGCCUCGAAGAGGGCAUAUUGAAACCACUUUUGGAGCAGAUACGUCAGGCAGAGACACCUGUCGCGCAGCCAGCGUUUGCGGAGGCGCUCUAUCUCAUAUCUUCGGGAGAUUGUCAAUCCUUAACUGACGAGACGAUUGAUCCCACUUUCUUGAUGCAGAAUUCUGAGCGGAAAGUUGGCCUUAUGGACGAGGACUUUGACGAAGCCCUUUCGUUGCUAAGCCCAAGUACGCUUCCAAAUACACAUUUUUCACCACAUUCAGUGACAGUCGCAGAUGUUACACGCAGUGGAAGACCAGAGUAUGAAAUCGAUCACGACCGAUUGGCCCAGGACCCGCAGUCGCAGAUAUCAUUUGGAUCAUAUUGCCUCGAUUUCAUGGACACCAUUGGCCCCGUGGAGCAGCUUUCGGGUGCUCAGAACUCGCCUCUGGAGGCAGGCAGCGAAUUUUCCAUGAUGCGUUCCAGGCAGUCUCAGGAAAUUUCAUUUGAUAGUUCCACAAUACCGACGUCGCUACCCUCUACUGCACCUCUGAGCGUCGUCGAUCUAUGCAGAUGCCCACCGACCACAGAUGUGAACAAUACGCACUAUCAUUGUGCACGUCGGAACAAAUGUAAUUGCACGCCCUGUGGGAGGUGGAUACUUGGUAGCAUUCAAGGCAACCGCAUCUUGGCUAAGCUCGAGGCGCAGGUGGCGAAGAGCAUAGUGGUAAGUGAGAAACAAGUAGAUUAUCUUAACCAUGGGAACGGAAUGACUUGGCAGAAGUGA